AUGCCGAUUGAGCGUAACGGCACCGAGUCGUUAGUUUUUGAGACAUUUCAUGACAACAGUGUCACUGCGGAGGGAAGACCGAUUUCAUCAGCUGACCCAACCCUUUUAGAGGGUGAAUAUUUUCAUCAUCAUCUGCUUGAUGCAAAGGAUGAGCCCAUGCGUCCUGCCGCCCGCCGGGGAGGAAGCGGACACCAUGGAGAGGGGCGUCUCGGUGUUCCAGUGGGUGAUGGCGCUGAACAUUCUAUCAGAUAUGGAAUUAGCGGUGAAAACAGGGACCCCCAUCUGGAAGGCGGUUUCUCCGUUGAAGACGUGGAAAUUUGGAAUACGCUACUAACCCCCAUGGCUCGGGUGGACAUGACGCUGAUGAGUUGCUUUUACGUUGGGCACCGCACUGUGUCUGACUUGAAUGGAUCAGAAAGUACCACACAUAACAUGGAGGCAAUGGUAAAAACUUUCUCGCCAUUCUAUUACAGAUGCUCUACAAGCUCACUCGACGAAGGGGCGAGUAGUGAAGACAAAGGGAAAUCCAUGGCGUUGGUCACGCUGCAACGUCUUGCUUCGCACAUGCAGUCCAUGCAGCAAGCCCUUACAGAGAAAGGAUUGAUGAACAAACAAUGUCAGGUAACUAGUAAUGAUAUUAUCGGUGCUGGUGGUGAUGCCUCGGAAACAUCUAGUCAUGCAGAUGAGCGGCCGCCUAUUUGCCGUGGUGCGCAUUCCAUACACGUGGAUUCCGCGUGCCGACUUAUUGGUGUUAUCGACGUGGACGUCUGUGCCGUCAGCUUGGCUGACGUCAUUGCAUUUCAUGCGCGGCCUCUGUCACAGAACGAGCUGGUUGCAGUGGUGAAGUCUGUUGUCACUAAAGUGGCUCUUCUACACAAUGCCGGUGUCGUUCACGGUUGCCUUCACGCUGGCAACGUGCUCUGCGGCGCCGACAGGGGACACACAUCUCUUGCUGGUCCCUGUGGGAUUAUGAGCAACCCGCUGUUUCCUGCGGAUCCUUCCUUUAUUUCCCCACGUCUCGCCGCUGCUAUGCAGUCGCUGGUGGAUUUGAUAUCGAAAGGUAUCGAAGGGGGAAAGGUGGAAGGUGCCUUUUCAUGGGUAGAGGAUCCCUCCUUUCACACUGGUAUUCUAGAAUGCUUCGGAUGCAUUGACGGAUCUAGCACCCAACCAAGCACUAACGAUGAUGUUUAUGCUAUCGGUAUACUCACGUUGACAUGUGCAUUAGGUGUGCCCCCUUUUUGUACAGCCAAGUUACAAGAGGUGGUUCAUAUCUUGUCAAAAUAUUAUGGCAGCGUUACUAGCAGCGGUGACGAAAAGGAUGUCGUUUCACUACUGCUGGGAGGGGAGCUUUUUUCGUGUGACUACACCCUGCAGCGCAUGCAACUCGCCGGUUAUGAAAGCAAUUUUGUUAGUACCAUGUUAGACUUUGUGGGUGUGUGUCUACGGGCGGGAGCAUCUAAAGAUGCCAUACCGACUGUUGCUGCCGGAGACUUAUUGCUGCAUUCGUUUUUCACAGAUUAUGGACCUGCAGCUUUCGUUAAAAGCAGCAUGGAAGGUGCAGGGAGUGUAAGCAGUGAUGAGGAAGCAGACUCAGCACAUAUUGGCAGGGUCCUUCAUUGCUUGUUUUACCCUGUUUCCACAGCUUUAGAUUGCAUGAAAAGCGAUUGCGGUACCACACCCUUCGUGCCACGGCUCUGUAGGAAUUCUAUUUUUACAGCUCGUUUGAACGCUCUUCAAACUUCCCGAUUGUGUGGUAGCAAAGGUCCCACUUCGGUGGCUACUGACAAUGGCACCGCUGUGAGCUGGCCUUAUUUGGACGUGAAAGCGCCCCACUGGCAUACUACUGUUAGAAAUUGUACUGCAGAAUGGCGCUGUGAAUUGUAUGCAACACCGUCAACAUUGCGUCACGCAUCUUGCAGUGACAAUAGUGGUUGCUUCGCUUCGUUGAAGAAAGUUGCUAAAACCAAAGGUAUGAAGGUGGACGCUGAAGCUCGGACCCUUGUUUGGGAAAAUAGGACCGGUAGUCGCUUGAUUCUUCACAGGAACGACGUACAAAGUGGGUACCUGACUGCUACAGACACACUCAUUCUUCGCAACCUUCAAGAUUGUGUGGUGGAGGUGCUGCUUCGUUUUCGCUAUGUUGUGCUACAAAAUGUGGAGCGGUGUGAACUUCUAAUGGGGCCAUGUUAUUUUUGUUAUUGUGACACGGUGGUUGACUGCCCCCUCGUUGCCGUUGCGAGUGCGCACCUUGUGACUCACGACAUUCUCCGUGUGAACCUUCGCCUUGGAUUUUGCUCGCCACCCAGCUGUCGUAACAGUAGGUCGGUGUGGGAGGAAGUACAGCUUGCCCCGUACAGCAUUGCGUACGAAGGCCUCAGUGCAGAUUACGCUGCUGUUCCACUCCCACAAGAGCAUAUCGCAACCGUUAUGCUGGGGAUUGAGCUCGAGUCUCCUGAGCUCGUUAAGGGAACCCUUGAAUUGUGUAACACUCUGGGAAGGGGCCAGGACUACCCUUACUCCCAUGCGCUUGCUGCUUUUGGUAACCGCUUCGUUCAUGAGGAUGACGGUGUCAGUGAUGUUUUCUUGUACCCCACGGAAGUAAGGAAUAAAGAUAUCCGGAUUGCCCGAGUUCGUGGUGGUAGCUCCUCCGCCAUGAAUGAUCACGAACGACUCUUCGCGUCAGAUGUGACACGGCUUCCCCUAUGGCGAUGGCGCCGGGAUGACACGGAUAAAGUUAUACGCCGCAUCGCUACCGAGGAUUCAACUUUCGGACCAACGGAUAGCAAUGCGGGAGAAAGAUUCCCGAUCAUAUUCAUAUUAGAUAUAGUUGGUGAUUGUCUUGUCGAGGACUGCUCGAACUGCGCUGUGAUUAUUAUUGGUUCUACCGAAGCUAUCACGUUUCGGCGCUGUGCCGACAUGCGACUAUUUGUGAUGGGAAGGGAAGUGCUACUGGAGGAAUGUGAAUCGAUGGAGGUCUACGUGUUUGCAACGGAGAUGCUCGUGCUGACCAACUGCAGGGAUAUAACCUUCUUUCCCCUCGCAGUGCGGGCCCCUUGCAUCGAGGAUAUCCUUGGAUCAAUUGUGGAAAGCACUGUGGAUGAGACUUUACGGGAAGAAUUUUUCGUUGCAUUCCAACAGAAAGACGUCAUCACACUAAAUGCGAUCACGCGCCAUGAAAGCGACGCGGGGGCAAUUGACUUGCAGGCGUGUAAUAACGUACAAUUCGAUGCGGCGUGCCCGCUGAUGUUCACAGUAAAUUUCGUUCCCAGUGACACGGAACCCUCCACAUUGUUCUUCGAGGCUUGGCAGGAAAUGCGCGAUGAGUCGGAGUGGGUGGUGAUACCUCUCAUUGAACACGCCCGUGGGACAGCAAGUACCGAAGGUAGGGGAAGCGACAACGCUUUGCCACCGGUUCGUUUUCACGAUCUAGUGAACGUUUCUAUUCCACGCCCAUCUGAAACUUUAAGUGGUCGGGAGCAUUCGAUUGGUGCCUCGUCGCAGCCGAUGCUCGUUGAGGUGGUAUUUGAACGCAUUGCAAUGGGUAUUAUACAUGUUGAUGACGUGGUGGAGACGCUAUUUAUUCGUAAGUGCACAGGACCUCUUGAAAUUGUCGUUUGCGCGGCCACGAGGGUUAUUAUGGAAUCGUGCGAACACGUGACAGUGCACACAGCUUGCUGCUCUUUUAUAGCUGUUGAUUGCCAUGCAUGCCGCAUAGCUCUGCAUGUAAACACAAAGCCUCAGUAUGUUAACUGCACAGACAUACAGGCUUCGACCGCAAGUCUUACAUCUCACGAUUACGAGGUGUUUCUGGGGCGGGCAGGUGUGGUACCGGGCGCCAAUAACUUCCAUGAACCGGUGGUACAUGGAGGGGAUGCUUCUGAAAUUAGCCUUCUCACUCCCGAUGCUGUGUCGAAGAUUGCAUUGGUGGACUCGCUUGAAAAGGCUUUCGCGGUUCUACACAGCUCCAUCACACUCGUUCCACCACCGCCGUCUGUAAGUCUUGGGCAACAAGAUGCUCCCUUGAUGCCUGACAUGGAGAGACGUGCCCGGCAUGAGGAGACCGCACGGAAACCUUUUGAUGCGAACAUCGUUGAUGCACUAAUAUUUCUCUCUGACCGCCAGUCGGCGGAGUGUGUCGACCAUACCCUUGAGCCCUCUGGGACGGUGGAAGUUGAAGGUGUGGAAGAGGAACAGCCUCUUCGAAAUCGUCCAACACCAUCUUCAGGGCACCCACACGUCGAUGAUUCAUUGAUGGUGAGGCACGUAGAUCCACUCGCUGUGGAUGGGACCUCUGGUGUGAAAGGGUCUCUGCUUAAUGGUGAAGAAGUAAAUCCGGCCUCCGCGGUGGCUGAGGAGGAUGAUGACUUCUCAUCACACGAAGGAGAGCUGGCCAACACUAACGAUUGUAAAGAUGAAGUUCACAACCAGAGUUAUACCCAAAGCUUUGAUUCCACAGAUGAAGGCAGGAGCGACGAGAGCAGUUUCGCCGAGCAGCCACGUGAAGACGUGGCGACAGCAUCGGAAGGGGACGAGACGGCAGCUGCUGCCCCACGGGGCGGCACCGACGCAAUGAAUUCCACGACUGAAAGUGCCAGCAGUGGCCAUAAAACGGAAAAGGAAGUUGCGGAGACUCGAGAAACUGUGGUGUCUUUCGUUUCAGCCACAGAGGAAGACGUUAUGUUUGAGGGGAUUGGGGUUGAGCGCACGUCAAGAGCCUCCGUGGCAUCAGGUGAAAGUGUGUACGAAUCUGGGGGGCCAGUGAAAGAAUUCAACGUCGUUGUUCACCCCGAUGAAAUGGAACUUGUGUCUGCAGCAAUCAGAAACGCAGCCAAGGCCCGUGCCGACGCUCAAGCGGCCGGAGCUUCAUCCGCCACGCUAAUGGAGGGGUUGCACCGUCAUGUGGAAGACACGGUUAGUUGGCUUCGUCGUUUGCGUUAG